AUGCUUUCCGUCACAAGUCCCCGUUCUUCCCAGACACCGUCACUAUGGGCAGCACCGCCCGCCGCUUCCUGGACGACCGAGGAGAUCAGCAUGAUCCAAGAAAUGUUCCUCUCGGACGACAAUGCCAUUCAGGUCCAAGAUAUCUCCAUCUACGACAGCAAGCAGCCGGUCGCCGAGGACCUGCUCGCCAUAUCGGUGGAGCAGGGCGCCGACGCCACGAGCAUGCUGUUGUCCCCCAUCGGUGCCGAUGACGCCUUUCUGCAGCAAUUCAUGGUGGACGAGAAGGUCGCCAUGACUGCGUUUUUCCUUGAGGCCAUCGACCCGUUCAAGAAUGUCCCCAUGGUGCCCAACCCCAUAGAGCAAGAACCUGUUUCACUAGUACCGGUAGUGUCAGCUGUAAUCAGCCCAAGCGACGGUCGACCGGUCGACCACGUGCUGGCCAAGCUACGUACAAAGAUGAACGCGCUCAAUCGCAUCUAUUACUCCCGCUGCAUGAACAUGUCAGAUGCAGAUGACUCGAGCGUAAACAAGGCCAAGCUUGUGCUCGCGAUUGAGAGGCUGCAGCGCGUCGUCCAGGGCCUCUCCAUAGAGAAUGCCCGACUCAAGACGGACACAACAAGUUGUGCGCAGCGCUGUGAGCUGCUUCUGAAGGAAAGCAGCGACGGUCGUGCAGAGCUGGAGCAACUGAGUCAGUCUAUCGACGGGUCCACAUGCACUACAGCUGUGACAGCGGGUAUGAACCUGGCGUUGAACUACUCCAUGGACGGUGAAGUACUCCGAGAUCAUCAGAGCGAGAACGGUUGGAAGUACAAGAGCGUAGUGUCCCCGGAUGGCAUGUUCAUCUAUAGUCUAUCAAAGGAGUACUCGAAGGAGGUGAACAUGCAUGAGGUGAUGCAAAAGUCGUGGACCAGCGUGAGCAGCUCCGAGAACUUCUCAAGCAUCUACUAUGGCUCCAUCAAGGCAAAGCUCGUAAAGAAAGUGGGUAAGGAGGCUAUCAUCAUGUAUGAUAUUGCUAACUACGACGCAACGCGUGUGGACCGCGUAGUUGCUGUAUUGUUCCGAGUGGAGAUACCGAACGGGUUCCUUUUGGGCAUGCGCUCCCUUGAUGUGUCUCUGACUACCACGUCCAAGAACAUACACCAGAUGAACUGCACGGCGUGGCAGCGGUACGAGUGCAAAGAAGACGGCGGAUUUGUGGUCACUUCUUGUGGCCAAUUGUCGUAUCCUUCGCGAGCGGAUAUUGACUUUAUGGCGAUAGAGAUCAUGUGUUUGCACUUGCGGUGGGAGAGUCGUGUAAUGGGUCUGCAGUUGAUAGUUUAA